AGAUGUUCCUGUGCCAAAGAAAGUUGUUAGUCAAGAUAAGCGUAAGAAUUAUAUUCCUCGCCGUAUCGAGAUGCCGUCUACUUCAGAGCAGCAAACUGAAACUGAACAAGUUAAAGUCGACUACCUCUGAGCAACAAACUGAAACUGAACAGGCAAAGGGAAGAAUUGUGGGAGGCUACCAUCUACGUGCAACUCCUCAAGCGCCAACAAUGGAUGACUAUCAUACAACUUUUCCUUUAAAACUUGAAAAGCUUCCUCCUAAACCUAAGAAAGCAUCCAACAAACCAUUUCAAAAACAUAGAAGUUUAGAGAUUAGGGAGAAAAUUUUGCGAGAACAGAAUAAAUUGACAGAAGAGAAUACUGAAAAAGAAUUGUCCCCAGCAUUGUCUGUUACUAACCCAGAAUUGGCGAAUAAUCAGGAAAUUCCAACACAAGUUUUGCCUCCAACCAAUGUUCCAAAUCCAGAAAUACCGACAGACGCCUCUUCAACUGGUUCGAAUGAGCGUGAAAAAUUAAUUCCUGAUUUAAAUUUAGCACUUGAAGAGAAUGAUGAGAAUAAGCAAGAUGAGCCAAAAAUGGAUUGA